AUGAUUUUAAUAGAUCAGAGUCAAACCAAACUUUUAAGAAUUCUUUGGAGGGAGGGAGUAGAUGACCCAGUUAAGACCUACGAACUAAAAACUGUCACCUAUGGCACAACUAGUGCACCUUACCUGGCCACAAGAGUUUUAUUGCAAUUAGCAAGAGAUGAGUCUAACAACUAUCCUCGAGCUUGUCCAGUGUUAGAAAAAGAUUUUUAUGUAGAUGAUGUUUUGAGUGGUGCUGACUCCUUGAGUAAAGCCAAAAAAUUGCAAUUAGAGUUAUCAAAGGUUUUAAAUAGUGGCGGCAUGCUCCUGCACAAGUGGUACUGCAACAACCCGGAAUUAACAGGGUCUGACAAUAACUAUAAUUUCCAAGAUGAGACAAAGACACUCGGUGUAAUUUGGAAACCUGCCGAUGAUCAUUUUGCGUUCCAAACUUCCAUUGAAAGUACUGUACCACCAACAAAGAGAUCAGUGCUGUCAAUAAUAGCACGCAUUUACGACCCUCUUGGUAUUUUGGGUCCGGUGAUCACAAAAGCGAAAAUCUUUUUACAACAAUUGUGGUGUCUUAAGCUUGACUGGAACGAUCCGCUUCCUGAAAUGGAGGCUCAACAGUGGGAAGGCUUCAGCAAUGCUUUGCCAUCAAUUAACAUUAUCAGUAUUAAGAGAUGCAUUUUAAUAGAAAAUCCAGUGCAUAUUGAGCUUCACGGAUUUACGGACGCUUCCGAAUCUGCCUACGGAUGCUUCAUUUAUUGCAAAUCAUAUUCAAACGAUGAUACCAUUGAAGUGAACUUGAUUUGUGGUAAAUCAAGGGUAUCGCCUCUUAAGCGUGUUACGAUUCCAAGAUUAGAGUUAUGUGCUGCUGUCCUUUUGGCAAGACUCAUAACCAAAGUGAAAAGUGCUUUAGAAUUUGAAUCAGCUGACAUUUUCCUGUGGAGUGAUUCGAUGAUCGUCCUCUCCUGGAUACGGAAAGAGCCGUUUCAUUUAAAAACAUACAUUGCGAACCGGGUAGCAUCAAUUCAACACUUGACACAAGUUCAACAAUGGCGUCACGUAUCUUCUGAGAACAAUCCGGCGGAUCUCAUCUCCAGAGGGAUGAAUCCUGAGAAGUUGAAUGGAAAUAAACUGUGGUUCAAGGGACCUGAUUUUCUGAAUGAGCGAGAGUAUCCCAAUCGGGAAAUUCCGUCAUCGAUCCUAAAUGAUGAGUUCACCUGCGAGAUUAGACAUUCAGAGCAAAUUAGCUUACUUGUGCUUACUAUGACGUCGAACCUUUUUAUUCUUGAAUUACUUGAUAUUAGCAAUAGUUAUUCUAAAGUAUUGCAUGUUAUUAGUUAUCUUUUCAGAUUUAUCCACAAUGUAAGGAAUCCUGGAAAUAGGAUGUUGGGGCCUCAUACUACGAAAGAAAGAAGUAAGAGUGAAACCUUUCUGAUAAAAAACGUACAAGGUAUAGCGUUUGCAGAAGAUCUGCAGUGUUUAAGGGCUCAACAAAACGUGCCACACAAAAGUAAGAUAAAAAAUUUAAAUCCUUUUUUAGAUGAAGAAGGAGUGUUAAGAGUAAAUGGCAGAAUAAAUCAUGCUAAGGUAGAAUUUAAUAGUAAAUUUCAANCUAGUGCUCCUUAA